CUUAUCUUCAUCUUCUCCAAAUUCCCACUCCGUCCAUGGGAAGCUUAGAAAAUUUCUAACUGCAGAGAAAAACUUCUAACUGCAGAAAAAAGGUGGAAAGGAAAGAUCAAAAGAUGCCCGCCAUAUCCACGGCCUUCAAGUUUUCGAUUCUUUCACAUCCACGGAUAUUCAUUCCAAAACUAUUAUCCCCUGGCAACCAUUCCGCGUUUAGAAAUUCUUCAUCCUGGCUCCAAUUAUACACCUCAAUCGCAAAUUCUAGAACAACUCUGUUCAGUCUAAAUUCUUCCGGGGAAGAAUCGGGCGUUUCAGAAGCUGAGGACGAAUGGUUGCAGAAAUUACCAGACAAAAAGAAGCCGUUGUAUUCGCACAGUUUGCCUUGUGUGGAGGCGUGGCUUAGGAAUUUAGGGUUUUACCAGAGCAGAGACGAUAGGGCUGUUUGGUUCGUCGAGAAGCCUAAUUGGCAUGCCCAGCUUUCACUUGAUGUCACUGAUUUAUACAUCAGGUAUCUCAAAGUUGGGCCUGGAAAUCUUGAUAAAGACAUUGAAAGAAGGUUUAGCUAUGCAUUGAGUAGAGAGGAUAUCGAAAACGCCAUUCUUGGAGGGCCCUGAAGGUUAGUUUGGAUGUUAACGGAUUCCGGCAACCACAGCCCAUCUCCGGCGAGCUCCCUUUCAUUGAUCUCUCAUUCUAUUAUAUUCUAUUCUAUUUUGCCAUUGGAUUAAUCCUUCAUUAUAUAGAGUUAGUUCAUGUUUGGCGAUGGUGUUAAUGGAGAUAAGAGAAUGUAAUUAGAAUCCAUAUGGAAUGGAGAGAAUAACAACUUUGGCUUUUGAUGAUGAUGACAUAUUGGCAUUUGUUGGAUUGAACUUUAUAUUAGCAUUUAAG